AACAACAGCCGUGUCAGUGGAGGAGGAGCAGCAGAGCCACGAGCCACCGCCGGACAUCACUCGCAGUCUUUCACGUGAUUUUUUCCCCCCCACCACUCAAAGGUUAACAUGGAGGAGGCCAACAAGCUCAUCGGCACCGGUAAGAAGCACCUGGUGAUGGGGAAGGUGGUGGAGGCGGUGAGCGUCCUGCAGGAGGCCUGCGGCAUGCUAGCUAAAACAUACGGAGACACAGCAGACGAGUGUGGAGAGGCUUUCUUCUGGUGCGGUAAAGCACUGCUGGAUUUGGCUCGGAUGGAAAACUCUGUCCUGGGUAACGCUCUGGAGGGCGUGCCUGAGGAGGACGAUGAAGAGAAACCCAAAGACUCAAACGUUGAGGGCACUGAAAACAUCGAUGAGAAGACCAGAGACGAGCUGAGGGUCCAAGUGUACGACGCCAUGGCGGAGAAGAAAAGUGAAGCUGCUGAGAAGGUUGAAGGCAAGCAGAGCAAAGAAGCAGAGAAGAACGGUGAUGAAGAACUGGGAGAGGCUGCUGCUGAAGCAGAGAAGGAGAAGAAAGAUGAGGAGAAGAAAUCUGCUGAAAAGGAAGAUGUAAAGGAAAAGGAAGGCAAGAAGGAAGGAGAGGAAGCGUCGGUGGACAAAAAAACGGAGGAAGAAGCAGCAGCGGACAAAAAAACAGAGGAAGGAGCAGCGGUGGACAAACCAGAGGAAGAAGAAGACGAUGAGGAAGAAGAUGGUGAUGAUGCAGAAAUGGAGGGCGAGGCACAAGAGGAAGGUGAAGGAGAUGCCACUGCUGAGAAGGACAGUGAGGAGGAGGAGGAGGACGAGGUGGGGAACCUGCAGCUGUCCUGGGAGAUGCUAGAAGUGGCUAAAGUCAUUUACAAAAGGAAAGAGACGAAGGACGAUCAGCUCAUGGCGGCUCAGGCUCACCUCAAACUGGGUGAAGUUUCUGCUGAAUCAGGAAAUUACACUCAGGCCUUGGAGGAUUUCCAGGAGUGUCUGAAUCUGCAGGUGAAACACCUGGACUCAGACAGCCGCCUGCUCGCCGAGACUCACUACCAGCUCGGCCUCACCUACAGCCUGAGCCUUCAGUACAGCCAGGCCAUCAAGGAGCUCAACAGCUCAAUCUCCGUCAUCAAGAGCAGGCUGGACAACCUGCAUGAGCUGCUGGACAAGGUCAAGGGUCCAGAGGAUCUGCCCGCCGAGAGGAAGGAGAUGGAGGAGCUGAAGGCUCUGCUCCCAGAGAUCCAGGAGAAGGUGGAGGACGCCACAGAGGGACUGAAACUGACCAGUGCUGCUUCUGAGACUGUGCAGGGUGUACUGGGUGAAGGCUCGACCUCCUCUUCAUUCACUGAGACCACAGCACAGAACGGUGACACUUCCUCCUCUUCAAAAAUAUAUGGCACAUCAACCAACGGACAUGCUGCCUCCACAGCUCCAGUCUCGGACAUCUCCCACCUGGUCAGGAAGAAGAGGAAGCCAGAGGAAAGUCCAGUAAAGGCAGGUGUGGUUAAGAAGGUGAAGCAGGUCGACGACCAAACCAACGGGGUGAAGGCGCCUCCCACUGAUGGAGGAGACAAAGACGUCAAGGAGACGAACGGACACACGAACACUAUGGAAGUUGAGAGUCAGUGAAGUUGGACUCGGCUCCUCAUUUUUGUUGCCCCCAUCACCAUACUACGUUCUUACUGUUCUACACUUGUUGUAAAUAUGUGUUUCUUUUCUAUGCCUGUUGUGUUCGUGUUGGGUCACUUCAUGUAACCUGUUAAGUUGAAUAAAAAUGUUGUAAUUUGAUAAAGAAAAAAAAACAAAUGGCACUUUGUUGAUCCAUUCAUUAACAUAUGUACUGCAACUCUGAAGGGAAAAAAUACUUGAAAAUAAAUUUUUGAAAUAUU